CGGAAAUCCCCUCAUUUCUAGGGUUCCAUGAAAUCUAAAGCAUAUAAUUCUCGAAAAUAAUCACAAAUUUAUUAAAAAUCAGUAAGCAAUCCCAUCCAGCUAUUGUGAAAGCAGCGAGCAGAUAUGGAUUUGGAGGUCGUGGGACGCCACGCCAUGCUCUUUGAUGACGACGCCAUGGCUGCCUUAGUCAACUCCGACGACGUGCUUGUUGAAUGGAACUCCCUAAAAAUUGAUCGGUUCGACGUCCGCCACCUCCUCUCCUCGCCUCCGCCCAAACGCCGUCGCAAUUGCAGCUCCAAAUCUGCCCUAUUGGACGACUCGUCUUUUGAAUCUCAACUCAACCAUGAGCGUUACCUUGACCUCCCUUUGCAUCCCGAUCAACCAGAUGUGGAAGAGGAGAAACAUCGAGUGGACUUACCUGGUUAUCACAAUGUUUCAUUAUCAUAUGGUGAUACUGAUAAUUAUGCAGACGAGAAGAAAACAGAAGCUGACAUGGAGUCUUCUGGAUUUUUACCUCGCUUCCCCAUUCCCAACGACCUUCUGCAGUCCUUGUCUUAUAGCAUUUUGGCGAAGCUGCAAAUGUAUUUUAAGGCUCACCAUGUCAAGUUUUCAGAAGCUUGGAGAAGAGAUGGGCUACCUCCUCCUACCGAGAAGGUACAUCAGAUUAUUGCGAGGACUGCUUUAUUUGUGAGCAAACAUGGUGGACAGUCAGAGAUUAUUCUACGGGUGAAGCAGGGGGAUAAUCCAACAUUUGGGUUCUUGAUGCCUGGCCAUCAUUUGCAUGCAUACUUCAGAUAUCUUGUUGAGCAUAUUGAACUUCUGGAUUCUGAAUCUGAUAAAAAGUUUCAAGAUAAACAGAAAAAUUCUUCUAGUGAUCAUAGCAAACCAAAUGGCGUAGAUGGAGCUUUAAUCUUGCUUGGUUCUAUUUAUGGAUCUGGGGAUGAAGACGAGGAUGAUGACAAUGUAAUACCUGAAAAAGAUGUUUCCCAUGAUGUCACUUACUCUUCCAAAACUGAGGUAAGUGCACCAAAGACUGAACCAAUGUCGAAAAACCCAAUUUUUUCCAACACAGAGAAGGUUCUCGCUGUGAAGAACUCUUCAAUUAUUACAUCCAAAUCUGGAACUGCAAAAGGCGUGCGAGAGAAAUCUUGUUUAUCCGCUACUGCUGUACAUAAAGCAAAGAAUUUGACUAUGGCAAAGACAUCAAAGAUUGAACCAUUAGUUUUAGAGCCUCCACCUGAAUUAAAGGGUUCAAUCAACAAGUUAGUUGAACUUACUCUGAGAAAAGGGAAGCAGUUUGAGGAGACUCUGAUCGAGCAAAAGAGGCAGCAUGAGAGAUUUCCUUUCCUUAUGCCAUCAAAUCCUUAUCAUUCUUAUUACUUAAAAGUCCUUCAAACAGCUCAGGAGUCGAAACUAAAUUGCAAGAGUUCCAGUUCUGGGAAGGAAGGCCUACUAGGACAUAGGGCAAUCAAGGAGAAGGAUGAUUUUUCAUCCUUGGGCUGUGACAUGCCACUGGAAUUGGAUAGGAAAGAGAAAUUCUCAAUGGUGAUAGGCAAAUCAAAGAAGGAAAUACCGGAACCAGAAUCAAAUGAACCCCAACAAGAAUGGCGUAUAGAUGCUUCCAGUGCAGCUGCUAUCCUUCAGGCCGCCACAAGAGGCAUCAACAAUUCUAAUUUUCGAAGCUCUUCAAUAAUUUCUUCGAGCGCAUAUGUUUCAAAUAUCAAGGAAGGUGGGCAGCCUGGAGAUUCUAGCAAUCCUCUGUCCUCCAUAAGAGAUAAUGCUGUUGAAAAUGAAAAGUCAGCACAGAGUGAAAGUCAUAAUGUCUCUGUUGUUGCCCCUGGUAUUGGAGCUGAUCCCGAGGCACUCUUGACCAAAGAGCAAAAGCUCAAGGCUGAAAGGUUGCAGAGGGCUAAAAGGUUUGUGGCCAUGUUGAAAAGUGGGCAAGUGCCUUCUACUACAGCUGGAACUUCACGUGGCUCAUCUGUAGAACCUCUAUCAAAGUCAACUGAUGAAGUUAAUCUCGAUAGCAAACGAGAAGAAGAAGGCAAUUUCGGCUCUGCUCAUGUUGAUGCACCCGCUACAAGUGAAAAACCCGAGAGGAAUUAUUUCGGUGAGCACAAUGAACGACCCUUGAAUAGAAAAUACAGGUCGAGGUCUGACCUAUGCAAGGAUGAUGACUGCGAUGAUAAAGACAAAAGAAUGCGUAGAUCAAAAUCCGGAAAGCACGAUGAAAGAAACAAUGCAGUAGAAACUGAAGGGAAGCACCAUCGCAGAAGGCAUCGGUCUCAUUCUUUGUCCAGUGAAAUUGAAGAUGAAAGAGAAAGUAAUAAAGAGGACAAAAAUCAUGACAGGUCAAGCAGGAAGAAGCGUCACAAGAGAAGAGAGCGAACUCAUUCUUACCAUUCAGAUGAAAGUGAGGAUGAAGAGGAAGACAGUGAAGAGUACUCUAAGCAUGACAAGAAUCAUAAGUGCAGUAGUAAGAGACAUCGUAGGCACCAUUCUUCUCGUGAGCACUUAAAAAAGAAAAGGCGUUCGUCCAAGCGGUCGGAAGAUGAAGGUGAUGAUGAUUAUCACGAAAGCAAAGAAAAACAUCGUUCGCGUGAUAGAGGCAAACACAGGCAUAUCCGUAAAGACAAAAAAACUCAAUGCAAGCGCAAAAACGAGACAUCCUCGAGUGACGAGCAUCACAAUCAGAGUCGUGUGGAUAGGUAUAAUGAGAAUGAAAGAAAGGAGUUGGAAGAGGGUGAGAUACACUGCAGGAGGGUCUCUGAAGAACGUGGAGGAAUCUCCAGUGGUGACGUCAUCAGCUCAGAAACCUGUACUGAUAUGCUGAGUCGCCAACAUAGAGCUUCGUCUCAGCCUUUGGACACUGCUGUUGAGGUUCCUGGUGAUUUGAGAGCCAAAAUUCGCGCGAUGCUGAUGUCAACUCUUUCAUAGUCGGAAUUCGUAGGCAUUCAAAGGAUAAGAGCGUGUAGAAAAAUAGAUUGUGGGAAGAUCAUUGUUGUACCAAGGGAUUGGAGUCGGAGCACUCUGGAUUCAGUUGCUGUACUAAGUUACGAGGUUCGCAAAAUCAAAUCCAGUGAUUUGCUCGUGUUUGACAUUUCUCUAUGUAUGUUUUCAGUGUUAAGGUGUGAUUGGAUUUGUUUUUGUUGGAAUUUUAUUUUACUAGAGAAAAAAAAUGGGGAGAAAAUGAAUAAUUUAAAAAUAUAAAUGGUGGUGAGAUGAAUGUAAUUAUUAAAAUUGAUGUGAUGUCAAAAUAAUAUGUAUUGUGGGAUAGGAAUAAUAUGUAGGUGGGUAAUAAUAAUUCUUAUUGUUUUG